AUGCUGGAUUCACAGCUGGUGUGGGCACGCGACAUACAGGAUGGCUACAUACAGGGGCGCAUCGUCGAGAUUGGUGCGUCCGAGUAUGAGGUGCAGCCCGUCGACGGCAAGCUGCCGAAGCGUUCCUGCAUCCCGGAGGACAUUUUUCCCUCCUGCGAACGACCCUCGGACAACGAUGAUAACUGUGAGCUGAUGUUUCUGAACGAGGCAACGCUGCUGGAUAAUAUACGAAACCGUUACUACAAGGACAAGAUUUAUACCUAUGUGGCAAACAUUCUGAUCGCCGUCAACCCGUACAAGGAAAUACCCGACCUUUACUCGCAGACAACGCUGAAACGGUACAGCGGUAAAUCGAUCGGUGAACUACCGCCGCACGUGUAUGCAAUCGCCGAUAAAGCAAUACGAGAUAUGCGCGUACUGAAGAUGUCCCAAUCGAUCAUCGUGUCGGGUGAAUCCGGUGCGGGCAAGACGGAAAGCACCAAGUAUCUGCUCAAGUUCCUGUGCGAUUCGGUUGCGGCGGCCGGUCCGAUCGAGCAAAAGAUACUGGACGCGAAUCCAAUACUGGAAGCGUUCGGCAAUGCGAAAACGACGCGUAACAACAACAGUUCACGGUUCGGCAAGUUCAUCGAGGUGCACUAUGACAAACGGUGCCAGGUGGUUGGUGGUCACAUCUCGCACUACCUGCUGGAGAAGAGUCGCAUCUGCACGCAGAGCCCGGACGAACGCAACUAUCACGUGUUUUAUCUGCUGUGCGCUGGCGCACCGACAGCACUGCGAGAAAAGCUCGCUCUAACUAAACCGGACGACUAUCGAUAUCUGUGCGGAUGCACACAGUACUUUACGCACCCGAACACGGAAUCACGCAUACCGGCUGGGUACAAAUCGCGUGUGCACACGACGAAAGGUCCGCUAAAGGAUCCGAUAUUGGACGACUUGGAGGACUUCCGGCAGCUGGAUGAAGCGCUCGGUCGGUUAGGGUUGGGCGAGAUGGAACGGAUGCAAAUCUACUCGCUCGUGGCGGCAGUACUCCAUCUCGGCAAUAUCCGUUUCGAGGAGAAUCCGGAAGAUUCGAACGGUGGGUGCCGAAUAACGCAGGACUCGCAAGCGUCACUGAACGUCACGGCACGGCUGAUCGGGGUGGAUCCGUCCGAACUGCGCCAGGCGCUAAUGUCGCGCGUAAUGAAGAGUAAAGGCGGUGGCAUUAAGGGCACGGUCAUUAUGGUAAUGCUUAAGGUGUACGAAGCGAACAAUGCGCGCGAUGCACUCGCAAAAGCACUCUACUCGAAGCUGUUCGAUCACAUCGUUGCGCUCAUCAACCAGAACAUUCCAUUCCAAGCCUCUAGCUACUACAUCGGUGUGCUUGAUAUCGCUGGUUUCGAAUAUUUCACGGUCAACUCGUUCGAACAGUUUUGCAUCAACUACUGCAAUGAAAAGUUGCAAAAGUUUUUCGACGAUAAUAUACUAGCGGCGGAACAGGUGCUGUACGCGCGUGAGGGUCUAAACGUACCGGAAAUUAAGUACACUGACAAUCAGGACAUUAUCGAGCUGAUCGAAUCGAAAUCGAACGGUAUCUUUACGCUGCUGGAUGAGGAAUCGAAGCUGCCGAGACCGUCGUACGCACACUUUACGAACGAGGUACACUCGGCCUGGACCGGCCACUACCGACUGUCGUUCCCGAGGGCAUCGCGGCUCAAGGCGCACCGUUCAUUGCGCGACGAUGAAGGGUUUUUGGUUCGCCAUUUUGCCGGUGCUGUGUGCUACAAUACGAACCAAUUCAUCGAGAAGAAUAACGAUGCGCUACACGCGUCCCUGGAGGGAUUGGUGCAAGAGUCAGAAAAUGCACUGCUAAAUGCACUGUUCAGUGGCGGCGGUACUGGCAAGAUGCCGAUAAACGUCGGCAAGCUAUCCUUCAUCUCGGUCGGCUCGAAGUUUCGGUCGCAAUUGAGCGAACUGCUGGAGAAGCUGCGCAACAACGGUACCAACUUUAUACGCUGUAUCAAACCGAACAGCCGCAUGAUCGACCAUGAGUUUGAGGGCAGCCUGGCACUGGCCCAGCUGAAGUACUCCGGUACCAACUCGGUGCUGGAGCUGAUGGAGUACGGCUAUCCGUCGCGCGUACCGUUCAACGAGCUGUACAACAUGUACAAGAGCUAUCUGCCGCCGGAACUGGCCAGGCUGCCACCGCGCACCUUCUGCGAGGCGAUGCUGAUGUCGCUGAAGCUGAACUCGAACGAGUUCAAGUUCGGCAUCACGAAGGUGUUCUUCCGACCGGGCAAGUUCGUCGAGUUCGAUCGCAUUAUGCGCUCGGAUCCGGAAAACCUGAAGGCGAUCGUCGCUAAGGUGAAGAAGUGGCUAAUCCGCUCACGCUGGAUCAAAUCGGCAUUCGCUGCGAUAUGCGUCAUCAAACUGAAAAAUCGCAUCAUCUUCCGUAACAAAUCGGUCGUGCAGCUGCAGAAGGCGGUCCGUGGCUAUCUGGUGCGCAAGAAGCAUCAACCACGCUACCGUGGCAUCGCCAAGAUAAGGGCGGUAGAAAGCAAUCUGAACAAGAUGCACGCGAUUGCCGAGCAGCUGAAGAUGGACCGUGAAAAGAUGCAGGCAAACAUACGAGACGUGCAGGCGAUGCUGACCGUUGCGAUCGCUAAGAUACGAAACAAUCCGUCGAUCAGUGCCGCCGCGAUUGAUCAACAGUACGCGGAAAUUAUGCGCAGCUUAGACACAAACAUGAAGUUGAUCAAUGCACGCCUGCAGGAGCAACGGAAUGCCGAAGAGCAGGAGCGGCUGAACAAGAUCAAGCUCGCAAUGGAGGCCGAGCGCCGUGCCAAGGAGGAGGAAAUGCGUCGCCUCAAAGAGGAGGAAGAAAACAGAAAGAAGAAAACGGAAAUAGAGGCACGCCGCAAGGAGGAGGAAGCGAAACGAAUCCGCCAGGAAGGCGAAGAUCGGAAGGCAGCCCUUGCCCUACAGGCACAACUGGAAAAGGAAGCGCAGGAGGACAUACAGUAUCGGCAGCAGCUGGAACAGGAGCGUCGCGAUCACGAGCUAGCCCUCCGUCUGGCGCAGGAAUCGAACGGACAGGUCGAGGACAGUCCGCCCGCGUUGAGAAACGGUACGCCAGAGGUCACGCCAUUGGGCAACGCAAACCGAUUGAUAAGAUCGGAAGCAAUCCGGGCACAACAGCAGCUGGUUGAGAAGCAAAAGCACGAUCUAUCGAAGUGGAAGUACUCGGAGCUGCGUGAUGCGAUCAACACCAGCUGUGACAUCGAGCUGCUGGAGGCCUGCCGGCAUGAGUUUCACCGCCGGCUGAAGGUGUACCACGCCUGGAAGGCAAAGAACCGCAAGCGCACGACGAUGGAUGAGAACGAGCGAGCACCGCGCAGUGUUAUGGAGGCGGCGGCACGUUCCGGUCCACCGAGGUUGGCUCCGAAGCAAGAGAUCGUACCGACCGGUAGCGUCCAUCGUUACUUCCGCAUACCGUUCGUGCGGCCGACUAACGGCGGCCCGGAAGUGGCAACGGCUGCUAAUGCGGACGACAGCAAACGGAGCUGGUGGUUUGCGCACUUCGACGGCCAGUACGUCGCCCGCCAGAUGGAGCUACACACGGACAAGCCACCGAUACUGCUGGUGGCCGGCAAGGACGACAUGCAGAUGUGCGAGCUGAGCCUGGAGGAAACCGCCCUGACCCGGAAGCGCGGUGCAGAAAUUCUGGAGCACGAGUUUAAUCGCGAAUGGGAGCAACACGGCGGCAAACCGUACAACCGACUUACACCGAGAAAGUAG